AUUCCUUUGAAUUGAACGGGGUGAUGAGCUCAUCAAUAGAUAAGUGCUGUUACACGAAUCUGGAAUAACUGCUGUUUACUGUAAUAAAGGCCUAGGAAAAAUGAAGAGAGGCAACGAUGAAGAGGGUGACGAAGAACAAAGAGAUGGAAACACCAGUGAUUUAACUGAGAACGAUGCAUACGAAGAGGUUUACCCUCAGAAUGACAAUAUCAGAUUUGAAUCAAGAAGUGAUGAGUCAAACAUUGGGCGUCCCAGCUUACCACGAAGGGAUUAUAGCUCGCGUUCUAAACAGAACCACCAACCUGCAGUACAUUCCAAUACCAACAAUCAAUCAAGAGGCGAUGGCCUAAACACUGAGGAUCACUCAAGUCUUAGUGAAAUUGACAUAAAAAUAAAUGGAUUUAAAGCUAACACGACAGAGUUCAUUGAAAAAUUAACAAAAAUGAAAGACGAGAAAAGAACCGCAGAAGAAACCUUUAUCAUUUUCCAUCUUUUGAAAACGCGUGAAGAUAGAUCUCCAGUAUUGGAUGGACAACUUGACCAGCUGGCAAUGCUUGCCUGCUGUGACAGCUCUCGUGUUGUACAAAGAGCCCUCGAUGUUCUGCUAAAUGAAAUAUUUCUAAACAUUUCAAAUUUAUCAAGAGAUCGGUGUCAAAACAUAUUGAAAGCCGAAGAGAUACUUCGUUCAACAUUUUUUGAGUUUAUAGAUGUGCAUUGUGAUGAAGCAAAGUGUCAAAGGAUGACAACAUACGCCUGGUUAGUCACGUUAGUCCUUCUGAAGUGUGGCAAAGAGGAAUUACCCCGUCCAAUCCAAUCAAAAAUAAAGGAGUUUGAUGAAAAGCUGGGUGCCCUCCAAAGGCACAAGGACAACUUGGAACGAAGUCUGUACCGGUAUGGUAUUCAUCUUGCCAGGGAAAGCAUUAGGCAAAUUCUUCGAAGACGAAAUGGUAAAGAAUCCCUCAUACCUAACAUCCAAAAGUGUGAAAACCUUCUGAAAAGCAAGUUGAACAAGAAUGAAGUGCUGAAGUUUUGUAGAGAGCUUAGUGAAGCAGACAGUUGGCUAGAUAUCCACGUAUGCCUUGUUUUUUUACAAGAUUUGCCAAAGCAUUAUCAGUUUCAAGACAACCCGAGACCUGUAAUUUUCCUACAGAUGCUGGUUGCACACUAUCGCGAGCGCUACGGUAAACGUAAAUUCAAGGAUUUCUUUCGUAUAUCAAAUCCUGCUUGGCUCUUCGAGGUGUUGUUUUAUCGGGUGAUGCUGAGACUCAUUAGAACAUCAAAUAACAAAGUGAUAAUUGAGCAAAUCUUAAAUGGAGAACAUGGCUGUGGAGGAGUUUUUAAAAACUGGGAAAAAAAUAAAUCCUCGACUGCGGUUCCAAAUGAAUCUGUAGCAAAAUAUUGCGAGAAACUUUGCGAGAGAGCGGUGUUCAUUUCAACAACACAGGAUAUCGAGGGAUUUCUAGCUGGUAGGUGCAUUGAGGACUUAUCCAUUCUUGAGUUAUAUUCUAAACAUAGAGAUAAAAUAUUGGAGAUUGUAAAAGAAUCACGAAAUGAGUUCUUGGAGCAACGCGUCAGUACGUAUGAUGCCUUCAUGAGUGGCAAUAAAUGCUUGCUAAAAUUGCACCUGCACUCAAAAGAAGAAAUACUGGGAAGUGAAUCUGGUCACACCCCCCUGCGAGAAGAAAUUGAGAUCCUCAAAAUUUUAGAUGGCAAUCCCGAACGGUGUGAAAACAUAGUCACCCUUUUCGGCUCAAGCAUUGAGGCUCCGAUGCACGUGAUAGUAGAGAGAACAACGAAAAGUGACCUUUGGACGUACCUUCAAGGCUUCGGCAAACCGCCUGCAGCUAAGGUGCUGCUUCACAUUGCUCGAGAUAUCUGCAAAGCUAUGAUAUAUCUGGGUGAGAACGGGAUAAUCCAUCGUGACCUAUGUGCCAAGAACUGUUUUGUAUUCAUUCGAGAUGCGCUCGAAGGCCCACUCAUCAAACUUGGGGUUUUUCACCUCGCAAUCCAAUCGCUUACUCCUGUGGAGGCCAGUCCUGUAAAAUCAUCGGUAAACGAAUAUUCUCAAAACCAACUUGCCGUUCGUUGGACCGCUGUUGAAGCACUUCGUGACGGGGAAUUCAGUUUUGCAUCUGAUGUGUGGUCGUUUGGGGUACUAUUGUUUGAGGUUUUCACUUUUGGUUCUAAACCCUAUUUCAAUAUGCCAAGCGGCAGGUCUUUGGAACGUGACGAUGAUGUUCGAGGAUAUGUCCUCAACGGUAAAAAACUUGAACUUCAUCCAAAAAUGCCUGAUGUUAUUCAAAAGAUCAUCGAGUCGACCAUGAAAAAGAAAAAUCAAAGACCAACGUUUUUAGCAUUGAAUUCCGAUUUGACGGAAGUGACUUUUAAUGAUGAUGAGAUAUACAUGGAUCCGGCCAACUACAAAAAAAUGCAUCGCUCCAAAUCAUCCACUGUACGCUGACGAGAGAAUGGCGAAUUCCAAGUGAUAUUUCUGGAAGGAUUGACAUACGAAAGAUUACUGUUUAGAUAGUUGUAGCUACUAUAACUGUAUAAUUAUACAGCAACAUACCUAGACAUCAAGGACACAUUGUGAACACGAUCAUUUUUGUUCAUAAUUUAUUUCCAUUGGUCGUCUUUUUAUAUUUUUAGCGUAAGUUCUAUAAUAACAAAAAAAUUUAAUAACCAUAAAUAAGGCCAGAAUCGUCGCUAGUAGGGGUGGUGUUGGGUUUUAAACCCAAAUAAUAAUGGCUGCAGAAGCUGCUAAGAUAAAGUUUUUGCCAGACGGUUCAUAUGUAUGCAUACAGGCAGAUUACAUUACAUGUAGAUUUAGCUAUAACCACAACCGUUUGAAAUA